UAAGCACAUAAUGAUAAACGUGGGACAAGACAAUGGAGCACUAUUGCCAUGCCCGAGAAAAGGAAAAGCAAGGUUAAGACUUUGGACCACGUCCAGGGUCUGCAUAAUUUCUCAUCAUUGUUUUCUCCACUCCACUCUUGGGUUGAAAAAGAAGUGUUUCUAGAAAGAAGAGAACCUCAUAAGCUGCUUGGAUGUAUUUAGGUUAGCAAAAGUCCAUAGAAAUAGAAUGGAAAUUAGGAACUGAAUUAUCAUAGGAAUAUAAGGUUCAUUGGACUGGUGAGGGGAUAUAGAAGCUGACAUUUAGACAUGUUUUUCAGGUUUUGAAUGAAUUCACUCAUGGAAAACAAGAAAAAGUGAGCAAGACUGAGUUUAAAGAGGUUCUCUCAGAUUUUCUACUGGGUAUGGCAGCGGGUUUGAAGCGAGACCCUAUUGUGAUUCUCCGUAUUGACGGAGAAGACCUCUUGGAAUUCAUCAAUGGUCCAAGUUAUGAAGCAGAGAUGGCGCCCUUAUUUUCACAGAUACGAUCGGAUGAUGCAUCGUUGCGUGAUUGCAUUAUUAAGGCUUUGGAGAAACUUACUGUUGAUCAAGGAAUGCCCCCUUCUUCAGAUUCUUGGGUUAUGAGCAACAUAGCGGAACCAGCUUUGCGAUCAUGGGAUUGGCGUGGCAAUGAUCAAGAGAAACCUGUCCCUCAAGAAACAUUCUUGGAAGAAUUUAAGAAAGUAGCAGAGCGUGUGACUCAAAAUCUCAAGGAGCAGCCUGUAAUUGUUGCCCAUAGCGAAAACACCUUUGAUGGCAGUGGCAUUAAAAGGCUACUAUCGAGCAAGUUUGAACUAGACAAGUCACUGAAUGCUGCCUUAGAAAAUGUUCCAAAAGUUCGCAAUGGGAAAAUAUCAAAGGAGUAUUUACGCGUGGUGCUAGAUGUAGUGGCUCCAUCAGCUGGUUUACCUCCAACCGGUGCAUUUGAACAGAUUGACAAGGUUGUUGCUGAUAUUUUCAACAUGAAAAAUGCGGAUGACGUGAAGAUGGUUAAAGAAGAUGAGUUCAAGAAACUAUUGAAAGAUUUCCUGGGGAGCAUCAUGCUGCAGUUAGAGGGCAAUCCCAUCUCAGUUUCUUCAAAUUCUGUUGUUCAUGAGCCCCUUGCAUCAUCCUCAUCGCUUUUGCAGCCACCAUCCUAGUUGCCUAUUAUAUAUAUCUCAUAUACAUCAGGGGUAGCAAAAUAAAAAAGGGACAAUAAAUUUUGGUUUAAUUAAGUAAAUUGCCACUAGCUUAAGUUGUUUGCUGUACAGCUCAAUGGGUUGUGCUAAUGAAAUAUAUUACUAUAACUUGUACAUGCAAAUACAGAAUUGCAUGGAAGCACGGCUUGUCACUGGCUUUUUAGCCCAAAAGAAAUCCAAAAGCUUGUAUAAUCAUCUGAAAAUGGCCCUUGACAGAUAUCUGCAGAGACAUUAUUGGGAACAUUGACAUUCAUUACAGACAGGCAAAACAUGCCAAGAUAUAAACAGCAGAAAGUCCCCUCAAAUUAUAUGCACAACAUAUUUUGCCUUCAAUUAUUGCAAGACGAACAAUAACUAUAACCAAAUAACUAAAUCGUUCG